AAAAAUCUAAAGACACUGAGUCGCAUACGCAUACGUUUUCUUUGAUCCUAUUGCAUAUUUGUUGGUCGCCUACAAUAAAUCGGAGGUAGUUUCUUUUGUGGGUAGAACUCAGCGGUAACGUAAAUCAAGAAUUUUCUUUUUGAAAGCUUCCGGUCAUAGUUUCAUUAUCAUUGCAUAUGACGCAAUUCAUCUGACUUGUUUACCAAUCUGUUCUAAUAUGCUGUAGGAUUUCUAAUCCCCGGAGAUUCCUCUACACAGCUGGUUAUUUGAUCUGUUGAGUCGAUCUCAAUUCUUGAAGGUAUUUGAUCAUCGUAUCACUAUUCAAUCUCUCACCAUAUAACUAAUCACCAUAAUCUGUUCGUAAUGGCUACAAAGAAAGAAACGUGUAAUUUGACCUCUCGACAUUGUAGCUUCUAACAGUCAACAGUAAUCGAUGGUGUUUGGUUUCAGUAACAAUCGUGCUGCUCGUCUCUUACUCUUCUUUGUAUCGAUACAAAAUUUCGACAUGGUGCUUACCAAAUCAUGAAUCAAGAUGAAAGGAAUAGCUGAAUGGUCGUAUGCUUACAAUGCUAAGACCAAAUUUUAUUAUCUCUUGUCAAAGGCAAUUUGUUCACAACGAGCGGAUGGAUCAGAACGAGGUGUCAUGUUCUAUUUGACUCCGUCAUUGAGCAAACAUCAUUCGCAUGCUGCACAUCUUUUAUUUCGUCGAUGUGUGAAGCAGUUGACGAUCCUUUGCAUGCCUAGUCAUGAUUAUAUGACUAGGGACUCUUUGAGAUGUAUUUUUACCUGUAAAAGUGUAGCAAGAAAUGUGUAUGCUUUACAACAAUCGCUACAGAUCUUAUCUUUCAAUUCUUUUCAGGGUAAUUGUCGAACUGGUAUGGAGCAUGUUCUCCAUGUGGUAAUACAAACGUCUGCAUAGAUUCUUCUACGUCAUAUACCAAACAACAGUGAUCAAUCUUAAAAUUGCUACCUACGACAACAACAACAAAAU